UAUUAUUUAACUUACAGACAAUGACAUCCCUACCAAUCAAAUCCCACCCUCUCGCCCCCCCUCCACUCACAGACCUCGCUUCCCUCCUCACCACCAACCUUAAACCUCACUUCAGAGAUGUCUCCGCCUCCGUCGUCCGGUGUCCAGAUCUUCGGCAACCCCCCUUUCACCUUGCAGCUUCCGGGCUUUGCGGCAACGAAAAAAUUGCAGACAUCGGCGGGCCACCCUAUCUCCACCCGUUUCCCAACUUCACGAAGAAAUAUGCAUUCUUAGACUUGACAAAAUUGCUGGAGAUGUCCCCCGGCAAGGGCUUCAUGCUCGGUGCCGGGGCAGGGCCAUUCCACGUCGUGGGAAGGAAUUCGGAGUUGAUGCCGAAUUUUAGCUAUGAAGGCGGCGCGGUGAUGAAUUUAACGAAAUACGCAAAAGUCGACGAGCAAGGAGGAUGUGUUUGUGGUCCCGUGCCUGGCAAUUCAGCAGAUUUCGCACUGAUGGCAAAUUUAUUCUGCUGCGACGGCUCCCCAGGAGACGUCUUGAAAAUCGUUGCCAGAACUCGAAUCGGCAAAGAAAAUUUCACCGCUGCUAUUCAGAAGAUUUUGAAAGCGGAGUAUGGAGAACGAAUUGUUAGUCUCGGUGGCGUGUUUUUGAUCAGGAAGGGGAGGGCGAAGUUGCAUGUGAUGCCUGAUUUCAGCAAAGAGCCAUUGGAGCAAGAGAAGACCGAGGAAUGGCUGAAGUUUUAUGAGUGCGAGGCGCCAUUGGUUUGUUUGAGUACUUUUCAUUCGCAUGAUCCCGGGUUGGAGUUGAGGAUGGAACAUACGCAUUGUUUUUCCGAGCAUGGGGAUGGGGGCCAUUAUCAUUUUGAUACGACGCCAGAGAACGUGGAGUAUGAGGCAUAUUUUAAUACUGCCAAGAUUAUUUAUAGGAUUGACCAACCCCCGGUGGAAGGCUAAGUAUUAGGCUAGUCUUUAAAACAGAGAAAAGGUGUUGUAAGAAUCUGUUGGUGUUGCACAUUACAUGAUUUUUAGAUGGUGGGAGC